ACAGUCUCUCUUCACAUUGAAUUUUCGCAUUUCUCUCCUCCUCUGCAAAAGAGUCUUCGUCUUACUUUGUCUCUUCCUCAAAAAAUUCUCUCACAAAAUUAAACAUCAUCGUCUCCGACCGCGCAUGAUCAUGCUGCUGAAGUUGCCGCCGAGGUUUCUGGUCUUCUUCUUACUCAUUUGCGCACCAACGACCGCCGUUCUGCCUCAAAACGAAGUGGAAGCGUUGAGGGCAGUGGGGAGAACAGUGGGGAAGAUGGAUUGGGAUUUUGAUGUGGAUCCAUGUAGCGGGUUAUCGGGUUGGACCGACCCGUUUGGGACCAAGGAAAAUAUGACUGCAGUGACGUGUAACUGCACCUUCGCCAACAACACUAUUUGCCAUGUGGUCAGCAUACAACUGAAAGCACAAAAUCUGAAUGGAUCAGUCCCUAAAGAGAUAAUCGGGCUUCCAUUCAUCGAAGAAAUCGAACUCUCUCGGAACUAUCUCAGCGGCACAAUCCCUAAAGAAUGGGGUACCCUGAAGCUUCGAAACAUUUCUCUUCUCGGAAACCGAGUGACGGGAUCGAUACCGAAGGAACUUGGCAAUAUCAGCACACUUGGCAAUCUGACCCUGGAGUACAAUCAGUUGUCUGGCCCACUUCCUACAGAGCUCGGGGAUUUGUUAUCUAUAACAAAAUUUUCAAUUUUGUCGAAUAAUUUUACGGGGGAGUUACCGCCUGAAUUGGGAAAGUUGACCACAUUGAAAGACUUUCGUAUUGGGGACAACAACUUCACAGGGCGUAUACCCGAUUUUAUUCAGAACUGGAAAAAUAUUACGAGACUGGUGAUUCAGGCUAGUGGUCUUUCUGGACCUAUCCCCCCUGGCAUUGCUGAUCUGACCAAAUUAACUGACUUGAGGAUCAGUGACUUGAGUGGGAAUGAUACAACUACAUUUCCAGAUCUUAGUAACAUUUCAGAGCUUAAGACACUAAUAUUGAGGAGUUGCAAUAUUGUAGGGACAUUGCCAAAGAAUCUUGGUGCAAUGAAACCAACAGUUUUAGACUUGAGUUUCAACAAGUUAAGUGGACCCAUUCCCGAUAGUUAUGGUGGUUUGUUCCGAACAAAAUACAUAUAUCUAACGGGAAACUCCCUAAGUGGACCCGUGCCAUCUUGGAUGAUUUCACAAGGAAAAAAUAUUGAUCUAUCAUACAACAAUCUAACAUCUGAAGGUUUGAGUCAAAUCUGUCAGCCUCGUGAGUCAAACCUGUUUGCAAGUUCUGAAGGACAUAACUCUGGCAUUGUCUCUUGCUUAAGGGAAGUUGCCACCACUUGUGAGAGAAAUUUCACCUCUGUCUACAUAAACUGUGGCGGAGGACAAGUGGCUGUGGAUAAAGAUACCACUUAUGUGGAUGACAUGGAAUCUGGCCGUGCUUCACAGUUCUACCAAGGUAAGCCAAAUUGGGGAUUUAGCAGCACUGGCCACUUCAUGGAUAAUGAUGACACUACAGACACAUUCAUCAUGCGAACCAAAGACAGCGUUUCCGGGCAGAAUCCCCAGCUUUACAAGGAUGCGCGACAAUCCCCGCUGUCUUUGACUUACUAUUCAUAUUGUCUGAUAAAUGGGAACUACACAGUUAGCCUUUAUUUUGCGGAGAUCGUGUUUACUAAUGACAGUACCUUCAGUAGCCUUGGAAGGCGUAUAUUCGAUGUUUACAUUCAGGGAAAGCUCGUGCUGAAGGAUUUCAACAUUGCUAAUGAAGCAGGAGGAGUUAGAAAGGGAAUCGUAAGAAAUUUCACCGCAAUUGUGGAUGAUAAUACUUUGGACAUCCGCUUCUAUUGGGCUGGAAAAGGCACGACUGCUCUCCCUUCUAGAGGCGUAUAUGGUCCUCUGAUUUCCGCCAUAUCUGUGAAAUCCGAUUUUCCACCACCACCGGAAAUUGGUAGCAGCAGCGGCGGCGGCGGCGGCAUAUCUGCAGGUGCUGUAGUUGGUAUUGUUGCAGCUGUCAUUUUUGGUAUCUUUCUCGUCCUAGCUAUCCUUUGGUGGAUGGGCUGUCUGAGACGCAAAGACACACUGCUCCGUGAUCUCAAGGGUUUGGGCCUUCCCAUGGGACCAUUGUCCCUAAGGCAAAUUAAAGCAGCCACGAACAAUUUCGACCCUGCAAAUAAAAUCGGAGAAGGUGGUUUUGGUCCAGUAUACAAGGGCCAUCUAUCAGAUAGUACCAUCAUUGCUGUGAAGCAGCUUUCUUCCAAAUCAAAACAAGGAAACCGCGAGUUCUUGAAUGAAAUCGGAAUGAUUUCUGCUCUGCAACACCCCCAUCUCGUCAAACUGUAUGGAUGUUGCAUCGAGGGAAACCAGUUAUUGCUGGUGUACGAGUACAUGGAGAAUAACAGUCUAGCUCGUGCGUUAUUUGGCCCGGAAGAACAUCAGUUGCAUUUGGAUUGGCCGACGAGGCAGAAGAUUGUCAUCGGCAUAGCAAGAGGCUUGGCUUAUCUCCACGAAGAAUCGAGACUCAAAAUCGUCCAUCGCGACAUCAAGACUACAAAUGUGCUUCUCGAUAAAAAUCUCGUUCCUAAAAUUUCGGAUUUCGGCCUCGCCAAGCUCGAUGAAGAAGAUAACACGCAUAUAAGCACCCGUGUCGCCGGAACCUACGGCUACAUGGCGCCCGAAUACGCGAUGCGAGGUCAUUUAUCCGACAAGGCUGACGUGUACAGCUUCGGCGUCGUCCUUCUAGAAAUCGUCAGCGGACGAAGCAACGCGAGCAUCAAGCAGAAGGAGGCAUCGUUCUAUCUUCUCGACUGGGCAAAUUCGUUGAAAGCGAAGGGGGAAUUGCUGGAACUAGUCGACCCGAGACUCGGGUCGAACUACAACAGGAAAGAAGCCAUGGCGGCGAUCAACUUGGCCCUCCUCUGCACCAAUGCGGUGGCUGCCGAGAGGCCGAGCAUGUCGACUGUGGUGAGCAUGCUGGAGGGCAAGGAAGGUCUUUUCGAGUUCGAGCAUGUCGACCAGAUGAGCGAGGAGGAUGCACCGAUGAUGAGGCGUGGCGGCGGCAGCGAUGGGGAGAGCUUGUCGAUGGAUUUUCCGUGGACGGCAUCGUCGGCAUCCGCCGCCGGCGAUCUGUAUCCGAUAUCGGUUAAUUCAGAGUACUGGGCGAAGAGGGAUGCUUGAAACCUGCUGGAAUACGUACGUAUUUUUGACAUUAUUAUUACCGUAAGAGCAGUAUUUUGGAGCUCGGCUAAUAGGUGUUGCUUCUUUACCUUGUAAAAUAAUUGUCUUAUACUUAGUCCGUUCCAAUUUAAGCGGGAUUUUUGGUGUUUAUACUCCAUUUGUCCACGUAGUUUAUUCCUAUAUUCUAUUUUUGUUUGUUGCAAA